AUGCGAAGUGUCUGGGGCUUAGCGGCAGCCUUGCAGCUCUUGCUCGUCGUCUCAAGCGUACAAGCAGACGAUGUCCCAUGCUCAGUGGAUAACCCCUGCACAGAGGGCUGCUGCUCGAGUGUUUCUGAAGUCUGUGGUUAUGGCCCAGAUUACUGUGGAAGUACCUGCAUCCAGGCUGCCAGUUUGAACAGCACAUGCACGCAUCUCUCCGAGUGCAAUCCAGGUUCAUAUCCAGGAUGGGGAGAAACUUGGGCUUCUAACUACUCAACAUCGGAAUCGUGUCCGCUGAAUGUCUGCUGCAGUCAAUUUGGCUUCUGCGGAACCUCAACCGACUUCUGUGGUACUACCACCUGGGACUCACCAUCAUGCUCUAAUACCACCGCGACACGUAGAAUUGGCUACUACGAAGCUUUUAACCUUGACCAUGCCUGCAACACAAUGACCCCGGAAGAGAUUCCCGUUGGAGGCUACACCCAUCUGAUUUUCUCAUUCCUGUACAUUGACCCGGAUACCUAUGAGAUGACCCCCAUGGAGUCUAAUCAGACGGAUCUGUAUGCCCGAUUCACUGCCCUUAAGGACUACGGUGUUGAAACCUGGAUCUCUAUCGGCGGAUGGGCUAUGAACGACCCAGGAGAAUAUUCUCAUGUUUUCUCCAAGCUUGCGGCAUCGACUACUGCUCAAACUAAAUUCCUUACCUCUUUGAAGGCUUUCUUGAAGAAGUACGGUUUUGACGGUGUUGACAUUGACUGGGAAUACCCUGGUGCAGCUGAUCGAUAUGGCUCAGAUGCCGACUACGAAAACUUUGUUUCGUUUUUAAAGAAUGUGCGAUCAUCACUAGGAAGUGACUAUGGCCUAUCUAUCACCUUGCCCAGCUCGUACUGGUAUCUGCAAUACUUUGACAUUGUCAACCUUGAGAAGCAUGUCGAUUGGUUCAACUUUAUGGCCUAUGAUAUCUACGGUACAUGGGAUGCUACAAUUUCUUCCAUCGGAAGUAGAGUUUAUGCUAGCACAAACCUCACCAUGAUCGAAUCGGGGCUGAAGCUACUGUGGCAUAAUAACAUUGAGCCCAGCAAGGUUAAUCUCGGUCUUGGUCUCUACGGACGUAGUUAUACCCUUGAAGACUCCUCGUGCACAGAACCUGGAUGUGCGUUUACUGCAGGAGGAAACCCUGGCCCAUGCUCCCAGACUGAAGGUCUGCUUUCAUACGAUGAAAUCAUGGAUAUUAUUGACGACACCUCGAGAAACCCAACUGUCUGGGUGGAUUCUGAAGCUGCCGUGAAAAUCGCUGUUUAUGACGGUGACCAAUGGGUUGCCUAUGAUGAUCCCGAAACUCUGCAAAUGAAGCUAGACUUUACCAACUCAGAGUGCAUGGGAGGUGUCGCAGCCUGGGCUGUUGAUGAAGAUGGCAAGGGAGAUCUUUCUGAAAGUAUCUCGAACUCCACCGAUCUGUUCCCGGCUGGAGGAAGCGGCAAAGUCUAUCUUUCUCCUGAUAUCUGGGAUGAUGACUCGCCCGAAGUUUCUUGCGUCGCUCCCUGUACUUUGAUUCUCCCGCCUUUGCCUAUGGAGGGCUCGCAGACUGUCACUUGGCCAGCGCUCACCACCCCGGUCCUUGUCAGCAAGGAUGGCAGCAUUGUGACAUCGACAACAACAAUCUCAAUCCCCGCAUUCGGCGUGGGAAGCAUUCCGUUCUGGCCAGUGACCAUCGCCAGCAACAAGACAUCCGGCGCUCUAGUCCCCGUCCAAAGCAUUACACCACCGUCUCAUGUUAUAGUCUUCCCAGGAAGCGUGACCCCCUUGCCGAUUGUUACCACCAACUAUACAUCAGUUGCGGAGGACCAGAUUGCGUCUUUGAAUCAGGGUAACAGCGGUGACUCCAGUGCCUCAGGCACAAUCACAAGCCCUGCUACAAACACUGCCUCUGCCACUUCUACGGCAGUUGUGACACCAUCCCUUAUUGCAGCCAACAUGGAGAGUGGCUGCACGAAAUUUUAUCAAAUUCAAAACGGUGACUCUUGCUGGAGUGUUGAGAACGACAACAACAUCGAUGCUUCAGACUUCGAAGCUUGGAACCCAGACGUUGGCACUGACUGUGCUAGUGGUGUGUGGCUCAAUUAUUACUAUUGUAUCAGCCACUCUGACGGUACCUCUUCAUCUUCUGGGGGCUCUGGAGGUUCCACCUCCACUAGCAACACUGAUGUUCCCGUUUUCUACUCGACAUCACACUCCGUCACCAUUCAGCCCCAGGCAACGCACGCCACUAUCACACCUUCAAAAACGAUUCCUUCCAUAAAUUUCGAAUCUGGCAAGCCUAAAGGCUCCGGGUCUAGUGAUGGUGAUUGUGAUGGAUGCGGUACUUUGGACUGCUCGAUCUUCGGCUGUGACGGCAAGUGUGGUAUCUUUGGUUGUGAUGGAGGCUGUGGUCUAACGUGGUGUGGAGGUGGCUGUGGAUUGUCAUCUUGUGGGCCUGGGUGUGGCACCAACGGAUGUGUUGUUGAAGGGGGUGGCGGUGGAGGUGGCAGCACCGGCUCUAUCGGAUUGGAGUCUGGAGAAGAUGGAGAUUGCGAGGAUAUCAAGACUGUCGACGUCUGCACUGUCUUCAUCAAAAGCUUCUCCACAUCUGGCAUGGAGUCCUCUUCCACUACAACGACGACUGCAUGCGCAUCCAGCGAAGGUUGCUCUGCCACUCCGACGACCACAACAACCACCGUUAGUACAACAGGAACCUACUCGACCGAGAAAGUCAGUUUCAUGUAUACGUCCACGAGUGUUCCGGCAUCUGUCAUGUCCUCCAUUUCCAGCAGAAUUUCCAGCCAACGAAGCGUUUGGGAUGCUACACGCUGGUCAGGCUAUACUAUCACUGCCACAUCGACAUCAUCCAGUGCCACCGCUUCGCCUACCGGAUUCCAGAUCGUCCAGGAUAUCCGCGGGUACAGCAAUUACGAUUAUAUAUGGUGGGCUGUCUACUACGAUGGCCUAGAUCAGCCUAUUGUCCUCAACGACACCAUGGCCGCGGGGAAUGAAUGGACUGCUGAAAAUACAGAGACCACAUUCUGUGACCAGACGUCCUCGUUCACUAAGGAUGACUCGGGUGACCUUAUUGGUGACAGUGAUGGAGACAAGUACACAUGCACACAAAUACCGAGCGUUACUGCAACCGCCUAUCCACCCACCUCCACGUACACGGAGGUCGGAGAUGAUGACUCUGUGUACCCCGUAUACGACUGCCUUACCGACAUCUGUACAUGA